AGCUCAAGCCAACAAGUACAUCUGUUUCUUGUUCGUCUCCUACGCCUCAGCAGCAGACACGGCAAGAUGAACUCAAUCUUGUCAAGAUUCGGAAACGACCCCCUGGCUGGCCUCGAUGGGCAGGAGGACUUCGAUGGUGCGACUGUGAAGGGCGCAUCGUCGAUGUCGGACUCGCUGCCCCGCUUUGACCUUCCAUCGACGAAUCCUGCUCAGUUCCUCUCACAAUACACUGAUGUCGACUCGACGAAUUCUUCUGCGCGAAUCAAGCUGCAACACGGCACGACGACGCUCGCUUUCCGCUUCAAGGGCGGCAUCAUCGUCGCUGUCGACUCGCGCGCCACUGCUGGUUCCUACAUUGCCUCGGGCACUGUCAAAAAAGUUAUCGAGAUUAACCCUUACCUUCUCGGCACCAUGGCCGGAGGUGCGGCCGACUGCCAAUACUGGGAGACAUACCUGGGUAUCCAGUGCAGACUCCACGAGCUGAGGAACAAGGAGAGGAUCAGCGUCGCGGCUGCGAGCAAGUACCUCAGCAACCUCGUCUACAGCUACAAGGGUAUGGGUCUCAGUAUGGGCACCAUGAUCUGUGGCUGGGACAAGACCGGACCAGCCCUGUUCUACGUCGACUCUGACGGAACGAGACUCAAGGGCGACGUCUUCAGCGUUGGCUCAGGGUCAACAUUUGCAUACGGUGUACUCGAUCAAGGAUACAAAUGGGACCUGGAAGACGCCGAAGCACAGGAACUAGGAAGGAGGAGCAUCUACGCGGCCACACACCGAGACGCAUAUUCGGGUAACAGCGUCAACCUCUACCAUGUGCGUGAGAAUGGAUGGGAAUUCAUUGCGAACUACGACGCAGCCAAACUACACUAUGACGGCCCGGGCGACAACGUCGCUGGUGCUCCUGGAGGAGGCUAUGGCUGGGACGUCCGGACAAAGGGUCUUUCGAGCACUCUUGAGGCUCAACCUGGCCAAGACCAGGGAGGAGAGGGUGGCCAGCCGACGUCGACGACGGCGGCCUCGACAUGAUGCUAAUCUCGUUCCGCAUGUCAAAUCCAUCGGUCUAAAGCAUGAUCCACAUGACUGAUUUGUGACAGACGCGUGACAUUCUCAGCCACCAUUUUCUUCUUUCUCCGAUCGGAUGCUCCGUUUCGGAUUCGGAAGGAUCCGAAGAGGCAUCGAUAUAUUGUCCGCCUCGGUUCUCGACCCCCCUUUAAGUCUCUUCUUCACCCUACAUCACAACGUCUGCCCCGCCG